GUGCCGCGCUAAUGAGAAGUCUCGCACUUGUCUUCGCGCGGGGUUAAAGCUUCACACAAAUCAAGCAGCCAUUCCAGACAGCAUAGCCGAGGGACUGUCGCAGGGGCUUGUUACUACGUCCAUGUCUUGCCGCGCGCAAGAACCGUCCGUGGGGACGCUCGCGGGGUCGCGCCCGCCCGGCCCUGAUGGCGACGAGUUCGAGAAAGGCCCGCCCCCACACGCGGGGGGCGCCGCUGCGGACGCAAGCGGGGCGGGGUCAGCGUCAGCCCCGCCUUCGAGUCCGCACGAGCCAAACGGCAAGGCGAUCACCAUGGCGACCGGGCGCGGAUGGGCUAAGUGGGAGCUCCAGCUUAGCUCGGGCCAGCAGCCUUCCGCGGACCCCGUCGGGCUCAGGGAGCCAGGUGUCCAGCCCAGUGCCAACCAGCUGCAGUGUGCCAGGUAUCUGGAGGACUGUCCAGGAGUCGCCCCAGGCUGUCCUGUGUCCCUCGAUGGCAUGCCCUCAGAGAUCUUGCUGAAGAUCCUGUCGUACCUGGAUGCUGGGAACCUGCUGUGCAUCGGCUGUGUGAACAGGCACUUCUACCACCUGGCCAGUGACAAUCUCAUUUGGGUCAGGAUCUACUCGGCGACUGUUCCUCGGGAGUGCCUGUUCUGGGGAGCCAGCUCACUGCAGAGGACAGCCCUGAGCCUGGACCCCGGGUCGCUGGGGGAGCAGCCAGCUGGACACUGGAAGAAAGCGUGCCUGUCGCAGCGCGUGUCAUCUGGGAAAGCCACCCUGACUCGGCUGCUGCGGCCUGUGAACCCCUACAAGGGCCUCCCCGCCAGGGUCAAGGAGGCAUUCAGGGCGUUGGGUUUGGACUGGGUGAUUAUUCUGAGGGACAGAGGCAAUCGAGAGCAUGUCAAGGAGUGUGUGGACCUUUCCAUAAGGGACGCAUCACUUACCCUGGUGUGGCACAGCCAAAGCUGGCCGCCUCUGGCCACGCUGUCCACCAUGGAACUGUGCAGUGUGACUCCAGUUUUCACGAAUCUCUACCCACCCCGUGUCCCGAACCGGGAUGUGCGCAGACCCCGGUGGCGGUCUGUAAUCGCGAAGUACUGUCUCCGCAGCCUGACUGAGGGCGCCCUGAUGGGCUGCGACAACCUUGUCCGGGUCUUCCACCUGCGCCCCGGCCUCCUGGUGGGCCUCUGGAAGGAGAAGGAGGAGUUGGCUUUUGUGACGAUGAGCCUUCAUCUCCACCAGCUCAUGGAGCGGAUCACGCUGGGCUCGGCCACCACCCCGUAUGAGCCACCGUCUCACACCUCUUUUGGGGAUGACACCUCUGAGUAUGGCCUGCACGGCCACCAGCUCCACCUGGAACUGCACAGUGGCCGAGUCUCCUACCUGUGCAGCACGUUCCGCAAUGUCUUUGCCAAGAAAGGUGAAGGUAGACACAUUGAAAACGGAUACUUGAAGAUCCCCGUGCUAAGCUUUGAGAACAGCACACAGCACAUACCUCUCAUUGGAAAAGUUGGCCUUGCCUGGAGAAGCAAUGCUUUCGAGGGCUGUGUAGAGAACUGCUGCAUCAUGGACAUGACGCUCCAGGAAGGUUCUGGAAAGCCCUUCUGGUGCUUGAGUUGCCCGGUUUCUAUGGCCCCCUCGCGCAGCCCCUGUGACAGCUGCGAUUCCCUGGGGCAGAGGUACUGCAUGGACUGCGGGGACGAGGAGGGCCGAGUGCACGUGGACUUGGUGUGGAUGGAGAAGACGCAGGAGUUCUUCGUCGUCAGCCUGGCCCUGUACCUCAGUGUGACCAGGAUCAGCCACUUGCUUGGGGCAGACGACUGACCCCCAGCUGGCGAUGGCCAUUCACCUGAGUUUUGGUGACUUGCUGGUUUGGGUCAUGGUGUAGGAAGUGAGAAUAAAGUUUAUUGUUAGUAGUC